UUCAAUGCCAAAUGUAUUUCUAUCGUAUAGCCGAAGUGAUAACAUCCACAAUGUUGCACAGAACUGCUAUUUUCGGACUCGUACUUUGCUUUUCGAUGUGUAUGGCAUUUCAGAUAACAGCUUAUGAAUUAUCUAGUGGUGCUGAUGAAAAUGAAAGUUGGAUCAGGCAUAGAAGAGAAAUAGAAGAUUUGAGUGAAGAAUUCCCUCCACCUGUGAAAGCACAAGAAGAACCUGGCUUCUGGGAAAGAGUUAUGAAUGUAGCAAUAAGAAUAUUUAAUAAGUUUAUUGAAUGGUUAAACACAUCAUAAAUGUUUCAACUGCUUUUUUAUAAUAAUAUUUAUAUUUAAUUGUGUAUUUGUGUAAGAUGGUCUGUUAUUAUAAUUAAAACAAAAAUUAGUU